AUGACCGACGACCUCAACCCCACGGGCCCCUCGCAGCCCACCACCGCCCAAGCCUACACCACCCCAGGCAACCCCGCCACGCACAACCCCGCCGAGCGCGCCGCCGCCGCCGACUCCUCCCCCUCCUCCUCCUCGUCGGGCCCCGCAGUCGUCGACCGCCGCGUCCCGACCAAGCAGACGACGGCCGACGACGAAGCGACGGCGUCGUCGCUGGGCCGCGGCGUGCGCAAGCCGGGCGCCGCGGGCGAGGAGGCCAAGGGCCUGCGCGACGAGGACGUCGGCCGCCACCGCGAGCUGGACGCGCAGCAGAUGGCGGCGCCGGGCGAGGGCCGCGUGGCGGCGGCGGUGCGGGGCGGCGAGGACGGCAUGAAGACGGGGUCGGGCGGCGUGGAGCCCGGGUUGGAGACGGAUUUGGAGAGGAAGAAAGCAGAACAGGCGCCUUUGAGGGACGCCAUCAAGGAGGAGAGGCAGCACAAUGUCGACGUCGGAGGCGUGCUGGGACAAACAGGAGGACCGGCGAACCCCGUGGACAAGGACAACUACCCGAACUCUUCAAGCUAA